CCAAAAAGUGUGACCAAAAUUCUUGCUACUAGUUCCACUGUGCCGUUAGCGGUGGAAAUUUUUGAGCGGAAAAUUUUUAGUUUGUUUUGUUUUCUGUAAAGUUGACUCUUCUCUGAUUAUGCCCAAGCGUUUGACGAUGUCGAGCAAAAUAAUGUCGCGUUGCUCGAAACCGAAUCGUGCGUAGAAUAAAGAAUUGUGUGUUUAUUUUGUAUUCAUUUUGCAGUGUGUUUCAAAUAAGCCUUUAGAUUGAUAAAAAAACUCCUGAAAAUGUAAAAACAAAACGUCACAUAGAAGAAGCGCGCGCACACCCACACACCCACGACGCCCCACACGGAGGACACUAAAGGUGGUGGUGCCACACACACACUGUACAUAAAUAAAGUGAUUUUAGAUGAUAGAUAUCGGAAAAACUACAAGUUCGAUCCAUCAGUAGAGCAAGCAACAACCAUUCGAUAAAAACAGCAACUACUAGCUAGCGGUGGCAACAAAAACGAUUAGCAACAAUGCUGCACAACAACACUCAAGAUAAUGCAGAGCCAACAACAACAACAGCAACAACAACACCAACAGCAACAGCUACAACAACAACGGGCCAUGAAACGGAGCCAACAAUUUCAACGCACUUUGCGACAACAGCAGCCGCCACAAAUGUGGCGGCCCGUGUAACGGAAACAGUGACAGUAGCAGCAGAGGCAGUUUCUUCGCCGCCCCCCUCCGCAACAGCAGCAUCGCCAGAAGCAGCAGCCGAGGGCCAAACACUGACAGCUCCACCAUCGACAUCGUUGUUGCUGCUGUCACCUGUGGCCGAGAGAACCGAAUUAGCUGAAACAGCUGAUGUGUCUGGUGCUGCAAGUGCAGCUGCAGCUGCGGCUGCGGCUGCGACUGCUCAGCAGCAGCCAUUGUCAUCGGUGGCACCGCGGACAGAGCCCGCAGUCGAUGUACAGAUGCGUACGCACCAAAGACAAAAAAUAAAGAGCUACCACGAUGCAAAGCAGACAGCGGUAUGGCGCACCGAUUCACUGGUCUCCAAUCCCAGCUCGACGAUGUGCCCGGACUCCUCCCUGACACCCGCCGCGGCAGGGGUGGUGGUAGGGCUGCCCAUGAGAGGUGUUGUCCUGUCCACUGCGCCAAGUAUAUUGCAGCGGAAAUCGUCGGACAGCUCGUUGCUGGUUGCCAUACCCCGUCGUGUCUCAUUUCCGGACAACGCGUUGGUCACUGGCUAUUUGGAACCGGCCAAUCCAUGGAAACAAGCCUGCCUAGUGAGGAGCAUUACCGAGAUCGUGGAUCAGUACGACCAGUCGUGUCGGAAGCAUCGCACAGAGCCGCUAAAGAGCAUCUUGAAUCACCUGAAUGGGCUGGAUCUGACGCUGCAGGCGCGGCAGCCGCUGCUCUCCCUCAAAGGCAAUCAACUGACGGCCAACGAUUGCGAGGCCCUCGAGGAGAUAUUCAAAAGGAUACAAUACAAAACCAUCGAUCUGUCGGAAUGCACGCUGGACGAGAGCUGCUUGAGCCCUCUCUUCCAGAUGAUCGAGUACUAUGAGGCGGCCAUCGAGCUGGAUAUAUCGUACAACAAGGAGACGAUGACGAAGCGCUGCUGGGAGCUGUGCGCCUACAUGGUGGAGCGCAGCCAAGAGCUGCAGCUGCUCAAUGCCGAGAGCAAUCAGAUCACCCGACUGGGAGCCGAAAGCCUGGGCCGCGCCUUGCAAUCCUCUAAUCUACACACGCUCAAGCUGGAGCACUGCGGCCUGAGGGGACCGCCACUCACCGAACUCUGCCAUGGGCUUCAUAAGAACAAGAUGCUCAAGGAGCUAUGGAUGGGCUACAACGAUCUGGAGUGUACGGACGCUAAGCACAUAGCCGAUAUGCUGCGCUACAACCACAGUCUGGAGCUCAUCGACAUAAGCAACAACAACAUUCGGGACGAGGGCUGCAUGUAUCUGUUGCAAGAUCUGAUCCUUCAAUCAACAGAACUGGAACGUCGACUGGGCGCCCUGAAGCGUGCGCGAGCCAUAGAGGUGGAUGAGUCCAUGGAGACGGACUACAGUCCAUCAUCAGUGUCCCAAUCGGAGACGAACUUUAGUUUCUGUGAAGAGCGUGUGAAAGAUGUCGUCGAGAAGACCAAUGGCGGGGAGUCGACUGCCGCUGGCGAGCCAUCGACAGCUGUGGAGCAGCCACCAGCAUCCGCAAGCAACAGCGAGGCAGCUGUGGCGAUCCUGGUAGAGGUGGAGAACGAUAACGAGGACGACAACACCGAGGACGAUACUGUGCGCACUGUGAAGAACUGCAAUAGCAGUAGCGGCGGCGGCCAGUCAAUGCUGGACAAGCUGCUCUCGAUGAAUAGCGACAGCAGCAGCAGCAUGGAGGAACCGCCAUCCACGGACACACUGGCUGCCUGUUGCUCCGAGGACAUAAGCGAGAUCAGCAAUGAGAUAUUUGAUGCAAGCGGGAAGCAACAGCAACAGAAGCAACAGUCAGCAGAAGCAAAAGAAAUUAGUAAAGGAGCAGCAGAAGAAAGCUCGACAGAUGUAGAAGCCACAUCGAUGGCUUCUGCAGCCGAGGCCAGCACGGAGGAGAUACAACAACAGCAGCAACAGCAGCAGCAAAGUUCCCAAAAUGAACGCAAUUUAUGUGAUAUUACUCCAUCAACAGAGGCUAAAACCGUUGAACCGAAACCCAAUGAAUCCUGUGUACAGAACAACAACAGCAUCAACAACAUCAACAACAACAACACUACUCAAGCAGCAGUUGCAGCAGCAGCAUCAGCAGCAGCGCCACAAAAUGAUAAAGAUACUGGGGUCAGUCUCAGUCACAGUCCAAGCGCAAGCUCCUCGCCGCCAGCAGGCAUCUAUGAAGUAACCGCCGAGGAGAGCGAUUGCUGCAUCAAUGGCGGCGGCAAUGGAGUGGCAAUGGUGGGCGGAUCGCGACCGCUUGAUGUAAAUAAAAACACCAAGAGCGCAGGCGACGACUUUGAGGACACGCACAGCAUGGACUCGGCGUUUGAGAGUGCAUCCGAAGGUGAUAUCAGUCGCCAUCUGCCCGACGAGUUUAGCCGUUUGUCCGUGUCGCUGGAGAGCACGCGACUGGAUGACAUGGCCAAGGAGAUGGGUGGCAUUGAGACGGCCACCAUUGCCACAGAGUCUACAGAGUGUCUGCUGGUGGCACAGGAGGCGGCGGCGCCUGUUGCGGCUGCGGUCACCCCCACGCCGCUCCCCAAUGAUUCAUUCCAGCAGCCGAAGGUGACCAUUGCCGAGGAGUGCCGUCCAAGCACAUACUCCUAUACCGGUCCCAGUCCCACGCCAACGCCGCCACCGCCCUCCACAUCGCCAGGCGGGGCAAGCAUCGGAAUGCGACGCACCGAGUCGAGUUGUGCGUACCUCAAUCAGUCCACGCGCAAUUGGUCGCACAGCGCGGAGAGUCUGUGCAGCGAUAUAUCGCUGGAUGGCAACAACAGCACCAACAGCACCAGCAACGAUCCCGAUUUCGCGGAUAAGCUCACCAAGAACGACACGCUCUCCAGGCGGCAGCUGGCGGAAGCGGCCAACCUCGAGGCAGCCAAUCGGGCGCCCAGCGGCCUGAAGGCCCUCACCAUGUGGAAUAAUAACCUCACCAAGGAAUGCGCCGCCAGUGUGGCCGAGCUACUGGAGAAGACCAUUUCGCUGGAGCUGCUCAACAUUGGAAAGAACUGCCUGUCCAAUGAUUUUGUGAGCACCAUCAAGGAGAGCCUCACCAAGAACACUACCCUCACGACGCUGGGGCUACAGAGUGCCCAUCUAAGUGCCAAGGGUAUCGAGACACUGGCCUCCAUUCUCAGCUUCGGGGGCAACAGCAAGCUCCAGCGCAUCGACAUACGUGACAAUAAACUAGAGGUCGAAAGUCUGAACAUAAUCGCCGAGGUGCUCAAGUCCAACAAGACCCUCACCCAGAUCGACAUCAAUGAUGAGCCCAAGCGUCUGACGUUGCCCAUAGUGCCGAUAGUAAAUGUUAUACCGCCAUCGCCAUUGCCCCAGGAGUUCAUUGGCAGCGAUGCCCAUUUGGACUACACGCGAGUACUGGAUACAGUGCGGUCCAUGUGCUUCAGGAAUGAGAAGAUGCAGGCCCAGGAGCUGACGGAGAAGGCGGCGAUUGUGGGCGGCGCCGGCAUCAACAGCAUUAGCAGCAGCAGCAGUGGCUUCAACAGCGGCUAUCGGUGUCGCGGCGGUUACUACUUGGGCUCGCGGAAGAUCUCACUUACCUGUCAGAGCAGGCCAUUUGUGGACGCCAACACAGGCACUGUGACGUCCUUGGCAGCAACCGUCGCCAUGCCCACAUCGGCCGCCGCCCUACUGGAGGUGAAGCGGAAGACGGGCACACGUCUCCGUUCGCCGGGUCCCAGUCCGCCCACGAUCUCGCCGUCAUCCUCGCCGAAUCGCAGCCGUUUUCAUGUGUCCCGUGUGGCGGAGGUCAGCAGCGGCAGCAUCAGCAGUCCGCUGAUCUCGCCGCUCGCCCAGAUGCCCCCGCAGCAUCCACCCACGCCGCGCUCGGCAAGCAGCUGCAUGUCCAUACCCACCAUCGGCGGCUGUUCGCCUUGCGGCAGCCAAAGCAGCCUAAAUGCGGUGGGUGUGGGCACCCUGCCUACGUCGAGCUCGCUGCCGGCCAUGGCCUCGGUUACGUCCUCGACCCAGACCAUAAAGCGGCUGUCGGUUUCGCCUCGGUCCCGCUUCCAUGUGUCGCGCAUCUACGAGGAUCCCCAGGUGCCAAUGGCCAAUCGUCAGCUGCCACCCAUCACGCCGCACACGCCACCCAUUGAUCUGCCGCCCACACCGAUGCUGAAGUCGUCCCGGAAGGCGGUGCAGCUGUCGGAGGCGGUCGAGGCAGCGGCUGCUGCUGCUGCCACUGCCACAAGCGGCAGUGUAGUGAUCAUCAGCAGCGUAGUGAUUGUGGAGCCAACUAUAGACGAACCAGACGAGAGCGACGCACAGCGAAACAGUACAAAUGCCGACGAGGCUGCGGGACAGAAACUCUCUCCGCAUUUCUCCCACAACUCCCCCAUUUCAUCCAAUUCAUGCUCAACAUCGCCCGGUAGCAGUGGCAGCAGCAUUAGCAGUGGCAGCAGCACCAGCAGCAGCAGCAGCACCAACGCUUGUGCCGGCAGCAGCAGCAGUAGCACCUCCACCGACAUUACAGACUCUAUUAGCUCGGGCCCCCCAUCAGGAUGCUCUGAAACAGUGCCCAGGCUCUGUCCGUUGGCCGUUUUUGGAGACAAUGAUAUAACCCUUACCAAGGAGUCGGCUGCUGUGGUGGCACUCUCGGCGGCUGUGCCAGGGCCAGUGCCAGAGGCAGAUCCAGAGACAGUAGAAACAGAUCCAGAGCCAGCGCCGGUCAGCAGUCCACAGCCGACGGCACGUUCCCGCAAGACCUCGUGGAUAGCCAAUCCGUCGGCGGUGGACAAGCUGCUCACUCUGUUUAGUCCGGGGACGAUAUUCCAGCGCAGUUCCUCGCCAGAGCAGAAGGCCAGUCAGCAGCAGGUUUCAGGGCCCAACACCGCCACAAACAACGCACAGACAGCAGACGAUGGCAAUGCCACAACACAAACAUCCAUUCUGUCGGUCACGCGAAAAACUUCGCCCUCCUCCUGGACCUCUCUGACCGGCGGCAGCCACUGCGCCACCUCAAACUCAAACUCUAACUCAAACUCCAAUUUGGACAGCGUUUCCGGCACAGGCAGUUCUUCAUUCCUGGACACGGCCUCGCGUCAGUUGCGUGACUUUAGCAAGCAGGUCUUUCGACAGAACAUCUCGUUCAACAACAGCGGCGAUGGGGCAGCCAGCUCGGGGCCAGCAGGCGUCCAGUUGGAUGGGAACGGGGCAACGAAUACGAUGACUACUACCUCGUCGUCGAGCAGCACAGAGUCGGCCUCGCCGCCGGAAUGCAAUGCGGCUCAUAUGCCGCCUAGCCUGAAACGGCAGCUGAAGGAGAACAUCUCCCCAGAGCACACCAUCAACGAGGAGACGCUGCACACGCUGCAAAAGCUGUCGCGAGUGGAAGAUGUGGCGACCCUCAAAGCGGAGGCGGCCGCAGACUUGGGCGAGGUUGUCCAUUGCCUACCUGAGGAGCAGACGCAAAAGCAGAAGUCGGAGCCGGAGCAGGAGGCCUCGAGCCUCGUCUAGGAGGAAACGCACAGCACUGAGUAGGAUGAUGAUCGGCUACUUACAAACAAACAUAGAACCUAAGCAAAUUUAUCGUGUGCAAUUGACAAUGUUGAGCGGCAGAGAAAUGGAAAGGAAAGGAAAACCGACUAAAGAACCACCCACCCAGCAUUCCCAUGGCGCUCCUUUGAACCGAAACCACCCCACCCGCCUUGAAAAAUGAUGAUGACGAUGAUGAAAGAAUGUGGAGGGGCCUCUCUUCGAGACCCUACUGUAACUAAAAUAACUAUUAACAGAAAGAGAAUCAGAAACAACAAAUAUGAAGAAGUUCACAAGUUAGUGGUAACUUUUGUUUUAUUUUUGGUUAAAUUCGUUUUAAGUUUAAAAAAAAUACUUAUCGACCAGAAAACAAUUUACACACAGAAGAGAGAAAAUAUAAAUAUAUUUUAAUUAUGAAACUAUGAAAACUAUAUAUGAUAUAUGGCAUAUUAAAUGCAAAAACUAAAAUGGAUAAACUUCUAUGAAUGUAUAAAAACUAAAGAAAACCUGUACACACACAUAAACCAUCCCCAAGAAAAGAAAAUAACUAAAUGUAAACCAUCCAUUGGCACACAGUGUCGCCGAGUGUCGAUUGCUGGAUAUUGAAAAGUUGCAUAGAUCUUAUCUAGGAAAAACCAUGUGAAACUUAAUUGAAAAAAACUUGUACUUACCCAUCAUCCAAAAACCCACAUUGUUAUACACAUUACUUAAGUUAAUUUUAACAGGAACGAAACGGAACUUAAUUAGGGAAACCCUCCCAUCAUAUAUGGAAUGAAGGUUGGGUGAGCCUGCCCAAGUAUUAUGAAUUGGAAUAACUUUCAAAGAACACUUAAAUUAGUUACUUAAUCAGCAUAAUUAAACGAAAGAAACCACACCCCAAUCCUGUAGGCAAUCUUAAGUUCAAUGACAUUGUGCAAUUAAUCGUACAUUCUUAUACACAAACACACACACACACAUACAAAACGGAAAUGGAAGCGCACGCGAAAACUAAACAAAACAAACGAUACGAUACGAAACGAAACAAAACAAAACAAGUACCCAAAAUAAAUCCAAUUGAUCUCAUUAUGUGAUAUUUGUCGUAGUGCCCAAAGCGUUCACUGUAGUACGUGUAUCUUACAUAUAACCAAAACAUACGAGUUAAGUACAUGGUGUACGGAAACACUUUUGCUUUAAGUAAGCUUACUCAAACAAACCCAAUACCCCAGCUAAGACCCCAGCUAAUACCGCAUCUCUGAAACAGAUACCCUGAACAGCAGAAAAACUAUUUGAGGAAUGCAACUUUUCAGCAAUGCCAGCACUCGAUGAGGCGACACAAACCCAAACCCAAAUCCAAGCCCUGUAUUGACCCACACCACAUAUAAUAUUUAUAUAGAAAUGUAUUCGAUUCAACGCCCAGAUCUUGUAAAUACCGCGUGUACUCUCUCUAUUAUAGAAUGUGGCAGGAGAAAGCCUCUAGACGGGGAGCUACACCCAAAACUUUGAGUUCAUUUUAAAUAUUUUUUGUUUCCUUUUAAUUUUUGUUUGCUCUUUGUUAAUGAUUUUUGUUUUUGUUUACCCAUCAUAUUAUUGUUUAAAACUAUAAAUGUAACUAUAUUAUAUAGAUGUAUAUGUAUGUAUAUCUCUAUACAUUAAGUAGGCAAAAGCGAGCAAGUUUUUAUUCAAAUACUAUUUUCCAAAAUGCACCAAUCGAAA